AGAACAUGGACUGCGCCCGCCUCUGGCUAGGGCUGUUGCUGCCUGUGGUAGCUGCGCUGGACUUCAGCUACCACCACCAGCCAGAGAUGGAAGCGUUCCUGAAGAGUAUUUCCCAAAACUACAGUUCUAUCACUCACUUACACAGUAUCGGGGAAUCUGUGGAAGGCAGAAACCUCUGGGUUCUUAUUGUGGGACGCUUUCCAAAGGAACACAGAAUCGGGAUUCCAGAAUUCAAAUACGUGGCAAAUAUGCAUGGAGAUGAGGCUGUAGGGCGGGAACUGCUGCUCCAUUUAAUUGAAUAUCUUGUAACCAGCGAUGGAAGAGACCCUGAAAUCACAAAUCUAAUUAAUAGUACCCGCAUACACAUCAUGCCUUCAAUGAACCCAGAUGGAUUCGAAGCUGUUCUAAAGCCUGACUGUUUUUACAAUAAGGGAAGGGAAAAUAGUAACUUCUAUGACCUGAAUAGAAAUUUCCCCGAUGCUUUUGAAUUUAAUACUGUACCAAGGCAGCCUGAAACUGUGGCAGUCAUGAAGUGGCUGAAUACAGAGACAUUUGUCCUUUCUGCAAACCUCCACGGUGGUGCCCUGGUGGCCAGUUACCCAUUUGAUAAUGGUGUUCCAGCCACUGGAACAUUAUACUCUCGGAGCUUAACCCCUGAUGAUGAUGUUUUUCAAUAUCUUGCACGUACCUACGCUUCAAGAAAUCCCGACAUGAGGAAAAGAAAUCCAUGUAGAACUAAAAUAGAGUUUCCUGGUGGAAUUGUAAAUGGAUACUUUUGGUAUCCACUCAAAGGUGGAAUGCAAGAUUACAACUACAUCUGGGCCCAGUGUUUUGAAAUUACGUUGGAGCUGUCAUGCUGUAAAUAUCCUCGCAAGGAGAAGCUUCCAAGCUUCUGGAAUGAAAACAAAGACUCACUGAUUGACUAUAUAAAACAGGUGCACAUAGGUGUAAAGGGUCAAAUUUUUGAUCAGAAUGGGACUCCAUUACCCAAUGUAACUGUAGAAGUCCAAGACAGAAAACAUGUCUGCCCCUAUAGAACCAACAAAUUUGGAGAGUAUUACCUCCUUCUCUUGCCUGGGUUCUAUGUAAUAGAGGUUACAGUCCCUGGACACAAUCCACAUCUCACAAAGGUGACUAUUCCCCCAAAAUCCCAGAACUUCAGUGCUCUUAAAAAGGAUAUUUUACUUCCAUUCACAGGGCAAUUGGAUCAUAUCCCAGAAUCAGAUCCUUUAUGUCCUAUAAUUCCUCUUUAUAGAGAUUUGCAAGGCCACUCAGCUGCAACAAAGCCCAGUCUGUUCUUAUUUUUAGUGACUCUUUUUCACAUAUUGUUCAAAUAAAGCAAAAUGUGAAACUCAACCCCCAUCACCACCUGGAAUCAGGGCUUACUCACGCCAGGUUACUGCAACUCUAACUCCCUCUGUGGGACCUUGACUGGAUAAACUCCACGGUCCUUCCCUAAGAAGAGAAAUGUUUGUUUCCAAAUCCUGCAACAAGCAACGUAUGGCGAUAAUGAAAGGAAUGAUGUAGUCUUAAUGAUGGAAGACACCUACCCAUCAAGUACUGCUCACACUUAAUCUUGAAGUAGUCUUAGACAUUUGUAAGAAGUUAAACUUGAGAAGCAUGCAAGAAGUUCCUGCAAGAAAAAAAAGGAGGUAAUUUUGUAUACAGAGAGCCGUUUGGAUAUAAGCAAUGAAGAUGAACAUUUAUUGAUCACCUACUACAUACAAGACCUUGCCAU